UAUCACGGCCAUUCACCAUUACCAGCCCAAAGGCCCAAUAAAAACAAGGCUUUCCGAUCGAGACUGAGAGGGAGUCGGCGCCUAGUCGGCGCGAGGAGCUCGUCGCCGGCGGCAUCGAUCGGACUCCUGUUGCCGAAUCGACCGACCCGACAGCAAGAUUUUGGGGGUUUCCGUCUUUCUCCCGGAGUCUUGAAUCGCCGCGCGAGAAUCUGCUGCCCCUCCGAGGAACAUAUUACACAAAGGGGAAUGGAUAGUGGUAAUCAGGGGGGUAGAGAAGGAGAUGGCUGCGAGCCGGCGCUGCAGAAACAGGAAUGGACGAGAACGCAGGACGUGCUCAAGAGCAGGCUCAUCCUUGAAGAUGAGUUUGAGUGGUCUUUACCCUGUGCUAACUCGAAUUCAGAUCAGAGUGAUGCCAGGGGCAAACUGAAGUAUGUAGGUGGGGUUGACAUUAGCUUCCUGAAAGAAGACCCUUCCACGGCAUGUGCUGCGGUGGUGGUUUUAGAUGCUAAUACUUUGGAAAUUGUCCAUGAGGAAUUUGAUCUUGUUCGAAUGCAAGUGCCUUAUAUUCCUGGGUUUCUUGCUUUCAGAGAGGCUCCCAUUCUUUUAGGAGUCUUGGAGAAAAUGAAGACCAAUGCUCAUCAUUUCUACCCCCAGUUACUCAUGGUUGAUGGAAAUGGAUUACUCCAUCCACGAGGUUUUGGUUUAGCAUGUCAUCUCGGUGUCCUUGCAGACAUGCCGACCAUCGGAGUUGGAAAAAAUCUGCACCAUGUAGAUGGCCUUAACCAGUCUGAAAUCAGAAGAAAACUAGAAGCAAAAGAAAACUGCAAUAAGGAAUUUAUUCCAUUGACUGGACAAUCUGGGAUGACAUGGGGAGCGGCAAUGCGUUCCUGCCCUGGUUCAUCGAAGCCAAUCUACAUAUCAAUUGGCCAUCGCAUUUCGCUCGACUCUGCCAUUGGGAUAGUGAAGUACUGCUCUAAAUAUCGUGUUCCAGAGCCCACACGCCAGGCUGAUAUAAGAUCGAAGGUGUUCCUCCAAAAGCAUGAAAAUUUACAGCAGUAACCUUCUCACCUUGCGUGCUAAGUUGAAAUUUGAGAAACAAACAAACAAGUGAGGCAUUGCAACCUGAAGUAACUCCUGUACAGCUCCCUCUAAUUGUACUGCAUUGCAUUUUUUUUUCCCAGGUCACCAUCAUCUGUAAAUGGGCUGUGAUGUCCUGUUUAGCCAAUCUGAAUAUGUUCAUUUGUAUAGCUGUACAAAUGAACAUAAAAAGGGAAAAGGGAAAGUAGCCUGGAAAGUAGCCUUUCCCUUUUCCCUUUUUAUUUUUUGAAGGGUACUACGGCAGGCAAAAGCGAUCCUGCACAAAGACUGAUAUAUCUUGUUGUACAAUGAAGCCACACAAUGGGAAGGCAUUGUUCUGCUGUAAAAUUACAGCAUAUAUCCUC